AUGGACAAUCGUUAUACAGAAGCCGAUUCGACAACUUCGGAAUGGAAUAGUCCACCAUCUACUUAUAAUAGCAAUACAGAGUCUAAUUUGAAUACUGCUAUUGACAACAAUUUACAACAUUCAUCUAAUAGUUUGAAUCGUGAAGAUGGUUAUGAUAAUUUAACAAAAGAUAGUUAUACUACCCGUGAAUAUAAAAUUGAGGAACAUCCGCAUACUAGUAGUUAUAGUUCCGAAUAUCAAAAACAUGAAAAUAAUAUCACGACGAGCAACAGUGAUAAUCAUCCAUCAUCAACAACACAAAAACGGUUCGAAUCAAGAAAUCAUCUUCCAACAUCUAGUAAUAUUGCAAAUGGUAAUAGUUCAGUUACACCCAUGGAAUUAAAAAAAACAGAACAAUUUGGUAAACAACAUGCUGAGGAUAUUAUUACAAAAGCAAAAAGAGUUUUACGUCAUCAAUUCGAACGGACUCAACAAAGUGUUCAACAAGUACAUAAAAAAGCCGUUUCAAUGGUACCACCAGAGGGAAAAGAUCUUGUUUAUUGGAAACGACCAAUACAUACUGGAGUCGUGUUUGGUAUAUUAUUAGCAUCCAUAAUAACAUUUAUGUUCUUGUCAUCGCUUGCUGCCAUUUCAUUUUGGUUAUUAGCAUUAUUAAUAACCAUUGGUUUACAUAAAUUAUAUAAUUAUGUUAUGAGUACGUUCCUUGGACGUGAUACUGAGGAUUUAUUUGGUUCAUUAGUUCCACUAGAUGUAAGCGUUUCUCAAGAUACAGCUCGAGCUAUUUCGGAUUUUGUUCAUAAAAAUGGUACAAAAACGUUAAAAAUGGCACGACAUUUGUUUUUAUGGGAAAAUCUGACUGAUUCGGUUAUUGUUCCAAUUGAUCGUACUGCAAAAAAUAUUCUUGAUAAAAUUAACCAACUGUUAACGAAUAUUACAUCAAAACUACCAAGUAGUGCAAAAGCUAAAAAGCCUUGA